AUGAUACAAAACUCGGGACUGACGAACCGUCAACGAAAUGUUCAUCCAGCGGAUUGCUGGUCCAUGGAAGAUUGUCGGCUGUUGGGCUUGGUUCCUGGGUCAACUUACCUGCCAGUUUCAGCAUCUCUACGAUGCCCAAGAUGCAUACUACUUCUGCUCUUCAUCUCCUCCAGUGGCCCCUUAUUCGGGGCUUGGUCUCUGGGGCCUGUGAUCCACAGCAUCUUCUUCAAUUGGAGAUGGCCCGCGAGCCAUUGA